AUGUCUGGCGACGAAGACUUCUACCUUUACGCAAACAUCUCCUCCGUGGGGCCUUUCGAUGGCCCCCAGUACCACAUCGCCCCAAUGUGGGCCUUCUACUUCCAGACGGCCUUCAUGGGGUUCGUGUUCUUCGCCGGCACGCCGCUCAACGCCAUCAUCCUGGUCGCCAUCGUCAAGUACAAGAAGCUGCGGCAGCCCCUCAACUACAUCCUCGUGAACGUCUCGGCGGCCGGCUUCCUCUUCUGCGUCGUCGCCGUCUUCACGGUCUUCGUAUCCAGCUCCCAGGGCUACUUCAUCUUCGGGAAACACGUCUGCGCCCUGGAGGCUUUCCUGGGCUCCCUGGCAGGUCUGGUCACUGGCUGGUCCUUGGCUUUCCUGGCCUUGGAACGAUACAUCGUCAUCUGCAAGCCCUUUGGGAACUUCCGCUUCAGCGCCAAACACGCCUCCCUCGUGGUGGCAGCAACCUGGUUCAUCGGGAUCGGAGUCUCCAUUCCGCCCUAUUUUGGGUGGAGCAGGUUUAUCCCGGAGGGCCUGCAGUGCUCCUGCGGCCCCGACUGGUACACAGUGGGGACCAAGUACUACAGCGAAUACUACACCUGGUUCCUAUUCGUCCUCUGCUUCAUCGUGCCCCUCAGCAUCAUCGUCUUCUCUUACUCGCAGCUGCUGAGCGCCCUUCGAGCCGUAGCUGCUCAGCAACAGGAGUCCGCCACUACCCAGAAGGCCGAGCGGGAGGUGUCCCGGAUGGUGGUGGUGAUGGUUGGUUCCUUCUGCCUCUGCUACGUCCCCUACGCGGCCCUGGCCAUGUACAUGGUGAACAACCGCAACCACGGCAUCGACCUGCGCAUGGUGACCAUCCCGGCCUUCUUCUCCAAGAGCUCCUGCGUCUACAACCCCAUCAUCUACUGCUUCAUGAACAAACAGUUCCGAGGCUGCAUCCUGGAGAUGGUGUGCGGGAAGCCCAUGGCGGAGGAGUCCGAAGUCUCCAGCGCCUCCCAGAAAACCGAAGUCUCCUCCGUGUCCUCCAGCCAGGUCGGCCCCAGCUAA